AUGUUUGUCAUAAAUAUAAUUUCAAAUAAUAAAUGUAUUUUAAAUUUAGAUACAUCAGGAAUUUAUCAAAUUGAAUUACAAGGUCCUGCAGGAUUAUGGACACCAAUUGUUUUAACAGAAGAUGAUUGGAUAGAAUAUAAAGUUGGUGGUUUAUUAAAAAGAAUUACAUUUAAUGAUAACACUUCUGUAAAAAUUUCUUCGAUCUAUCGUGAAGAGGGAAUUCAAACAACACCUCAAAUGAGAAGUGUAAUGAUUCAAACAGAAAUUACAUCUAAAGAAAUUGAUGAUAGGUUUGCACUUGAUGUACUGAAUGGUGAUGAAUUAAAUGAAUAUAUUCAGAAAUUGCUAGCUUCAAAUGGUGAUGAAUUUGUUGGAGUUGAAGAUGAAGAGGAAGAAGAUGAAAACGAACCUGUUGUUACCACAAGAGAAUUAACUGAUGUUGAAAAUAAUGAUGAAGAAGAUGAAGAAGAGGAUGAUGAUAUCGUUGUUGUCGGUGGUAAUGAUAAAGCUGAAUCAGGAACACAAACUCCAACUGAUGAAGGAACACAAACACAAAAUCAACCAAAAGCAGAUCAAUCAACACAAACAUUAUCAGCAAUUGAAAAGAUUGAUUAUUAUUCAAGAAAAAAUGGAAUUGAAAAUUCAUAUUCAUUUGACCCUGAAAUACAAGGAUAUAUAUUUCCUGAAGCAGUAUAUAAUUGUUCAAAUAGAGUUAAACAUUUAUUAGGUAUCAUUAACUUUCCAGCUAAUCAAUCACAAGUUGUUGUUUCUGAUCACGGUCCAAGAUUUAUAUUAAUUAAAUGUGAUCAAAUUAAUACUCCAAUGAGAUUCUCAAAUCAAUUAAUUCAU